GGGUGCUCCUCCCCUUUUACUUUUGAGAGUGAGAGGAAAAAAAUAGAAAACUCGAAGUUUGUCGGUGGGUCCUGCCCCGUGGCUGGACGAAGAGAGAUGCAGCUGAGGCCGGCUGAUAAACUCGUACGGUAAACCCAGCUCAGGGGGAGACGCGGGCAGUUUUGAAGAGCACAGCCGGAGCCCGAGUGCUUGUGCGAGGAGGGAGGAUGUGAGUGCGACUGUGGAGCUGCAGAGAUUGUUUCGCCCUCCUGAAACAAAAGCUGUGUGCGUUUUUGGGCCGGUGUGAGGUGGAGCAGCACCCGGCUGUACUGUAGGAGGCCAACCAUUGCUCCAUUAUACUGGCGCCCAUGAACUGAAGCAGGACAAAAUGGCGGCCGCAGCGGGGACGGUGACGGGAAGCCGGGCGGCUCUUAGCGCCGAUACCAACACGGUGACCGGCAGUCGCAGCAGCAAGAGCGCCGAGUCGAGGGAAGAAGAGCUAGGCUCUGCCCAGAGGCAGUUCGCCUCUUACAGGAAACACCUCCGUAAAGUCAAAAGUGUCGACUUCGAUGCUUCGGUGGAGAAAGAGUCGAGUGGCGACCCGUGUCCCCAGGCCGAGCCCAGCGCUGAGCAGCCCGCGCACUUCAGUGGGGACACCGCGGGAGGAUCAACGGUAGCGUAUGGCGGCUCGGCCGGGGCUAUCCUCAUGGAUAUAGGCGCUCCUUUCAGUCGGGACAUUGAAAACAAGGAGACACUCAAAGGGUUAACAAAGAUGGAUGACCGCCCAGAAGAGCGCACAAUUAGGGAAAAGCUGAAGGUGACUUGCAUGCCAGCCUGGAAGCAUGAAUGGUUAGAAAGAAGGAACAGACGAGGACCUGUAAUUGUGAAGCCAAUUCCAGUGAAAGCAGAUGGGACAGAGUUUGGAAAGCAAACAUCUGACUGUCAAACAAAUGCAAAUGUCUCUCCACAAAUGCAGCCAAGAAGGCGCAGUCCUUCCCCCAGUAGUUCAUCAUCAUCAUCAUCAUCUUCAAAAUGUGUUGCAAAGUCCGAAUCUCCUGGUGUAAGGAGAAAAAGAAUAUCACCAGUUCCUUUUCAGAAUGGACGUGUAACACCACCGAGAAGAGCUCCUUCACCUGAUGGCUUCUCACCUUACAGCCCUGAAGAAACGAACCGUAGAGUCAACAAAGUAAUGCGGGCUCGCCUAUAUUUGCUGCAGCAAAUAGGGCCAAACUCCUUCCUCAUUGGAGGCGAUGUUCCUGACAAUAAGUACAGGGUCUUUAUUGGUCCUCAGACUUGCAGUUGUGGACGUGGAACAUUCUGCAUUCAUGUGCUGUUCGUUAUGUUACGAGUUUUCCAGUUAGAACCCUCUGAUUCAUUGUUGUGGAGAAAGACUUUGAAAAAUUUUGAGGUGGAGAGUCUGUUUCAGAAGUACCACAAUAGACGGAGCUCCCGUAUCAAAGCACCAUCACGUAGUACCAUACAGAAGUUUGUUUCCCGUAUGUCUAACUCGCAUAUAUCUGCUUCAUCCAGUACCUCUACAUCCAAUUCAGAAAACAGCUUGAAGGAUGAAGAAGAACAGAUGUGCCCCAUUUGUCUUCUGGAUAUGUUGGAUGAGGAAAGCUUAACAGUGUGUGAAGAAGGCUGCAGAAAUAAACUUCAUCAUCACUGCAUGUCAAUCUGGGCUGAAGAAUGCAGAAGAAACCGGGAGACACUGAUCUGUCCUCUUUGUAGAGCCAAGUGGAAGUCCCAUGAACUACACAGCCAUGAAUCUCAAAGUUCAAUGCAGCUUCAAAAUUUGCAGCAGGAUGCAGCUGCACAGAGACGACAACAGGACAGUGACUUUAGUCUUCAUCAUUAUGGUGUCCAACAAAUUCCACAUUCUUACAAGGAGCUGACAGAACCUUGGAUACAGGUUUUUGGAAUGGAACUUGUCAGCUGUCUCUUUUCUCGGAACUGGAAUGUACGUGAGAUGGCACUAAGACGUCUUUCACAUGAUGUUAGUGGUGCCUUGCUUUUGGCAAAUGGUGAAAUCCGUACUGGAAGUUCCUCUUGUAGUAAUGGACCUGACACUGGAUCUAGUUGUCUAAUAGGAGCCAAUGGAUCAUCUCAGACUGAUAUCUCAGGAGAUGUGGUGGUGGAAUCAUGUUGCAGUGUACUCUCUAUGGUCUGUGCUGACCCAGUCUACAAAGUAUAUGUUGCUGCUCUGAAAACCUUACGAGCCAUGUUAGUGUAUACACCUUGUCAUGCAGCAGCAGAAAGGACACGACUUCAACGGCUUCUUAGGCCAGUGGUUGAAACUAUAUUAGUCAAAUGUGCAGAUGCUAACAGUCGUACAAGUCAACUUUCUGUAUCCACACUGCUGGAAUUGUGCAAAGGCCAGUCAGGGGAGCUUGCUGUGGGCAGGGAAAUUCUUAAAUCAGGGUCCAUUGGAGUUGGAGGUGUUGACUAUGUCUUAAAUUGUAUCUUGGGCACCUCAACAGAGUCCACAAAUUGGCAGGCUUUGCUUGGUCGCCUGUGUCUUAUUGAUAGACUGUUACUGGAAUUUCCUGCAGAAUUCUAUCCCCACAUUGUUUCUGGUAGUGAAGGUCCGAUUGCUCAAACAGAACUUGUGCUGGAAAGAUACAAGAAGCUACUGUCACUUUUGAACUUUGCACUGCAGUCGAUUGACAAUUCCCAUUCAAUGGUUGGGAAGAUGUCUCGGAGAGUCUUUCUCAGUGCUGCACGAAUGGUUGCAAGGGUGCCUCAUAUUUUUUUGAAACUGAUAGAUAUGCUGAGUGUCACCAGCUCAACUCAUUAUACACGUAUGAGGCGGCGCUUGAUGGCUAUUGCAGAGGAAAUGGACAUUCUUGAUGCCAUUCAAUUCGGUAUAGAGGACCUACAAAUUGUGGAAGGAAGACACGAUGACUUUGUAGAACCCUCAGCUCCACAUAACUCACCAAAUACUACAGAAAAUAAUUCCCCAAUCAACACAGUGCAGUUAUCUGGAAGAGUAAUGAAAAAUAUGUUGAGUCCUGAUCAUGACGUUAAAUCUGGUGUUAAAUCAGAUGAAGUGGGAGAGAUGACAGGAAAUACUUCAACAGUAAGACUUCCAUUGAAUUCGGUGUCCUGUGAACAACCAAAGACAGCCAUUCAAGCAUGUCCCAGGCCACUGAGUCAAUGUAUCAAUUCAUCGAUGACUCCAUUACAUCAUUCCCAAUCUUCCUUCCCAUCUUUGCCUUCUCCUUCAUUGUCAAAUCCUUCAGUUGGACAACAAGCUAUUGAAAGUUCCAAAUUAAGACCUCAGGGUUUUGUUCCUAACAAACUUGCGUCAUCUUCCCCAAAAGCACAGCGUAAAUUUUUACUUCCAAUUCAGAACAAUUGUUCUAAGGAUAUUACUGGAGCUAAAGAGACUGAAAAGCUGUCUCCAGUUUUUACCCAGGCACAGCCCCCUGCAUCCAGUCAGAUUCACAGACCAAAACCAUCUCGGCCAUGCCAGAACGAAGCAGGAAAAUUGCAAUCUGACUUGAGUAAAAGCAAUAUGAUGCUUGAACUAAAAGAUCUGACACUGAGUGACCACUCUGGCAGCAAUCCAGUUAUUCCCAGUGAUGAAACUGUUUUCACUCCUGUGGAGGAUCAUUUUCGCCUUGAUGCUUCAGCAGAGCUAAAUUCUAGUAUGGAAGAUCUGCUUGAGGCUUCGAUGCCUGCCUGUGAUAGUACUGUUACAUUUAAAUCUGAAGUUGCUGUGCUCUCUCCUGAGAAGGCAGAGACUGACUGUACCUAUAACGAUGAUGUUAACCAGAAUCAAAAAUGCAAAGAAAAGAUGGAAGCAGAGGAGGAGGCAGCAUUAGCUGUUGCCUUGGCUAUGUCAGCAUCCCAGGAUGCCCUUCCUACCAUUCCUCAGUUGCAAGUUCAGAAUGGAGAGGAUGUUAUUCUCAUUCAGUUAGAUACACCAGAAACCUUACCUGGUCAUACCAAAGCAAAACUUGCUUACAGAGAAGGUGUAGAAUGGUUUAAAGGUCAACAGAUUGGACUAGGGGCCUUUUCUUCGUGUUAUCAGGCACAAGAUGUGGGAACAGGGACAUUAAUGGCUGUGAAACAGGUGACUUAUGUCAGGAACACAUCUACUGAACAAGAAGAAGUGGUACAGACUCUAAGGGAAGAAAUCCGUAUGAUGGGACACCUUAACCAUCCUAAUAUUAUUCGGAUGUUAGGUGCCACUUGUGAGAAGAGUAAUUAUAAUCUGUUUGUUGAAUGGAUGGCAGGUGGAUCUGUUUCUCAUUUGCUGAACAAGUACGGUGCUUUUAAGGAACAAGUUAUUAUUAAUUACAAUGAGCAGCUGUUAAGAGGUUUGGCUUAUCUUCACGAGAACCAGAUCAUCCACCGGGACAUCAAAGGUGCCAAUUUAUUAAUUGACAGCACAGGACAGCGGCUAAGAAUAGCAGACUUUGGAGCUGCAGCCAGGCUGGCAUCAAAGGGCACUGGUGCAGGUGAAUUUCAGGGACAGCUGUUAGGAACCAUUGCAUUCAUGGCACCUGAGGUGUUACGGGGUCAGCAAUAUGGCAGAAGCUGCGACGUGUGGAGCGUGGGUUGUGUUAUAAUCGAGAUGGCUUGUGCUAAACCACCUUGGAAUGCAGAGAAGCACUCUAAUCAUCUUGCUCUUAUAUUUAAGAUUGCCAGUGCGACGAGCGCCCCGAUAAUUCCAAAUCAUUUAUCCCCAGCAUUGCGAGAUGUGGCUCUCCGGUGCCUGGAGCUUCAGCCCCAGGAUAGACCUCCAUCACGGGAGCUGCUUAAACACCCAGUAUUCCGAACGUGGUGAAGAAUACUACGGGGCGGGGGCGGGGGGGGGUGUGGGAGAGAAAAAAAGCUGUGCAAGAGAAAACUACUGAAACAAAGAAAAUGCCCAAGUGUUGUCCUGCAGUAUAUUGUAGAGCUAUAUAAGCAGAUGAACUGGCCUCAAGUUUGAAGUGAAAGCAGCAAAGCCAAACGGAGCCUGUGUCUCAGGAAAUGACUACCAUGCAAGGAGUUAUACUUCUAAGUAGUAUGCAGAGAUGUCUUGUUCUUGCUUGUAAAAGUUGUGCCUUUUUAUUGAUUAGACUUGUCCUUGUUGGCCAGAAAUGGUUUUUGGAUCUGCUGUAGGGCAGUUGAGAGUACUACUCAUUGGAGUACUGCUUCAGCCAAUACUAGCAGCUGAGGGGCUCCUAUGAGUUUUUGCUGUUUUUAACUGCCAUUGGUUAUCUUCUGAAGUAACAUGUCAACACUACCAGACUCUCCCCUUAUUAAGCUUAUGUACAGAAGUUCUGAUAAAGGAUCUAUUUCUGGGUUUAAUGCUGAGAUAUCUGGGGGUAGAGUUUCCACUUUGAGCGCAAUCAGCUUAUUCAAAUGCAAGUUGCGCAUAGAAUUGCACUGAGUUUGAAAUUGGAUGCUAUUUGCUUGGGUUUCAGAUCACUGAAAGUAAAGUCCAUCAUCAACCAGCAUAAUCUGCAUCAUUGUAAACAAUGUUUUUUUUUAUUUUGUGUAUAAAAGAUGUGUUUAAAUGUGGUAACAUGAUACAGUUUUAUAGCUGAAAAUAAAGUUUGUUUUUAAGUAUUUUAAUGUGUCCCAUCCCCACUUAUGAGUAGCCCAGGUUUAAAUCACUGAAGAUGGCUUUGAUAAUUUAAUUGUUAAAAAUCAGUUUAAUGUUUAGUUUUAAAAAUAUGUCUAUUAUUGCCAUCGUGCCUUAAUUUCAAGUGCUUUCUUGAAGCAUCACAAACACUUGCCAUAUAAUAAAAUCUCUGGUUUUGUGGGUGGAACCAGAUUUGGAAUGCUAUUCGAAGAAACUAGCAGAAAGGAUUGCAAUUUUAACCAGACUUGAAAUUUCGCAAUCUUUUAUUCUGUUGUGGUCGUCUUCAGUAAAUUUAAACAAGGAAAAACGUGCGCUGCCUAGGGGAAAUUCUACCCUUUAUUACCUUCAGCAAUCCAUUUAAGUACUUGAUUAUAGGUUUUCAAUGUGAAGACAGUGAAGUUAGAAAAUCAUUUCAGCUGAUUGGCCAAUUUACUAGGAAGGUGCCUACUGUAUCUUUGUCCAGUUUUAAUGGACAAGUUGUUUUACUAGUAUUUGAAAGAAUUCUGGUAAUCACUUAGGGAUUAAUUUGUUUAAUAUUCAGGGAAGGGUAAUUUUUGAAAAACAAACUAUAUGUAAAAAAAUUUUUGCCAUAAUUCAGCUAUUGAGUUACAAAAAAUAUUGAAAAUGAAUCUUGUAAAAUGCUAAACAAGUUGCUUUUAGAAUUCCAUUGUCAAAUAAUCAGUGUCCCUUAUAAAAUUUGUACAGUAUUAUGUACUGUUUAAACCUGAGCUCAGUUCCUGUUGAUAAAUAUUGAGAAUCUACUGCAGUUUCACUUGUGCUACUUUCUAUUCAACUUCAAUAUGUAAAUAUUUAAAUCAGUUGAACUUCAGUUUUGUUAACUGCUGUAUGAUUCUGGGAUGUUUGCGAAAAGUCUUACUACUUUACGCUUCAGAACAAAAAAAAAACAAAAAAAUUAUUUGAUCCUUGGUCUGCAGAUUUCUUUCAUUCAUUGUUAUCAUAUUUCUUAAUAUUCAACUUGAUUUUUCCCCUAUGUAAUAUCUUAGUAUUUAAAUUUUAGUGCAAACUGAUGUGCCCUUCCCUGCAGAAUAAUCAUUUUAAAUGUUAGCCCUUCAUUUAGUGAUCUAUUGCAGGAUAGAGGUGAUUUAAUGCUAAGAAACUUUAGUUGAUUAAAAAGCAUGUUGAAAAAUUACAUGCAACACCUUUAAGUUUUUAAGUGUGUGAAUGUUAUCAUCGCCUCUUUUUCCUUAAACUAUAGAGAAAUGUAAGUUUGAAUUAGCUGCAUCACUUUAUUGACAUCACCUGAAUUGUCGACUGCUCCUUUUUUAAGAUGUUUGGAAAAGAAAAUGCAUAUUACUGUAUGUAAAGUAGCACUAUUGGAUCAAAAACAAAUGAAAAUAUCAUAUUUUGCAUCAAUCAGUAUAUUUUAAAAUAAAAAUUAGUUCUGAUUGACAUGAUCAAAAUUUUAGGUAUGUAUUUAGGCUGAAAAAAUGGCAUUUUAUGUGGACAUUUUAUAGUGAAUCUAAAUAUUUUGUAAGUGUUUCAAGAAGUGGUUGGCUUAUAAAAGCUUGCAUCCUAAAGAUGUUGUCAUUUGGGUAUUUUAACUCUUCCAGCAAUAAGUUUUGACUGUCUUUACAAAUUUUUAAUUAUUGUUACCACUGUAACUGUGGCAAGUUUGGUAAAUAAAAAUGUUUGUGUCAAAUUAAUAUACAAGGGUUAGGUAAAAAAACCAACUGUUAAGUGUCAAUGAUGUGAGGGAUUUUUGUCCCUAUUUUCAGUUAUUUUUUAAAAGUCCAGUUAUAAUGUGAAGCCCUGAAAAUACUAAUUUUUAUAAAGAUUGUGUUAAUAUUAUGUUACAUUCCUUUUUGGUUAGAAAGGUGCUUUUAUUGCUUGAAGAGUUAAAAGGAGCACAGAGGUAUUUGUAAGCACACUGGAUACUACUGGCUCCUUAUGGUAUUGACAACUUGGAAUUGUAUUGUGGUCCUUUCAAGUCAAUAAGUUUUAAGUGUUUUCUCGUGAGCUUUAAAAGAUGCACACUUGCCAUUUUAUACUGGAGAUGUUUUUGUCAUAUUUUCACUUUCUGACAAAGGCAUUAAACUGAUGAACCUCAGCUAAUCAGUAUUACUUCAUAGAUCUCAGCAUCUGGAUUGUUUUUAAAAAGUUGAUGCUUUUUAUUUUCAAGAUGUGUUUUAAUUGAAAUUGUUUGCAUUGCCCUCAGCUUGCUGGUAAAUUGUGAUGUAUUUUGUGUAAUUUUCUUUUAUUUUAUGCACAUGUGAUGUAAUAUUCUUUUUCUUUGGAUCAGAGCUGGAUUGAAAAUGUUAUGUGUAAUUAUUUGUGCUGUUCUUAUUGUUAUUUGGUACUUCUUAAAUUGUAAAUAACGUCUACUGCUGUUUUAUUCCAGUUUCUACUACCUCAGGUGUCCUAUAGUUCUUCUACCAAAGUACACUUUCACAAUGAAACUAUAUUUGCUAUGUGACUGUAAUUUCUAAAAUUUCCAGGUCUUAAGGGCUGACUUUUAUUAGCACCUUGCUGUGCAAGCAAAAUUUAAAAAAUCUCUAGGGUUGAAAAAAUUUGGUUAAAUGUAUCCUUUGUAAUUUUAAAUAUAUCAAAUAUUUUAAUUAUUGAAAUUUUUACCCCAUUUUGAAACAUUUUAUAGCAUAAUUUGGACCUAUUUUGGUGUUAUUUUGUC